AUGUCAUUAAUCAGAGUGAGUGGAUCGACGCAACAAAGCUUUCAAUUACAUGGAUGGACACUCCUGAACAUUAUUGGACAUGGAAUUAUCUUCCAGAAUCUGGAUGUGACGUGGCUGAGCUUCAUCGCGUUUGUUUUCUUAAUAUCGUUGGAAAGAUAGACUCAAAACGACUUACUCGAAAGACUAGUUUUGGGGCAUAUCUAGUGUUCAAGUUGAAUGAUCAACAACAAAACCUUGAACGAGCCAUUGCAUCAGUGAGAUUUGUUAAGGAAAAGGCAAAGGGCACUGAUGGUGAGGGUUACACUGUUUUCAUCACAAAGUCAAAGGAACACGGAGAACAUGGCAUAUUCCCACACCUUCGAGCCGAUGAGUGGAUGGAAAUAAAGCUUGGUGAAUUUUUCAACAACUUAGGUGAAGAUGGUGAAGUUGAAAUGACGUUGAUGGAAACCAGCAACGAUAAAUGGAAAUCUGGUCUCAUCGUUAAGGGCAUUGACAUUCGUCCAAAUUAAAUAUUGGGGAUCAGUUUGAUAUUAUAAACCUAAUUACUGGCAUGGAUACAUCUACAGCCAGUGGGGCCUUUAUUUCUAUUCUGCAUGCAUGUUGUGGUGUUUCUCUUUUUCUAUUGAUUUCAUGUUUUAUCAGUUGUACUCUCUCUAUGCUUGCUAAGAGAGUGAGCAGCUUGUUGUACGUUUGGUUGAUCUUUUGUAACUCAUUUCUAAGUCAAAAUCAGAGGUUCUGUGAUUUCUA